AGAACAAAUCUGUGUUUAUUGGCAGAAGCAGUGGUAGCAACAGGAGAAGAAGAAGAAGCAUCACUGUGUGGAACCAGCCAGCUGUGUUGUUGUGGUUUUAGUCGUGGAGAGAGAGAGGACGACGUCGUGUGUCUUCAAUAAAAUGAGGAUCUCAUCGCUCUUAUUCCUGACUUUCUUGGCUGGAAUUGUUCAGGCCCAAGACUUCCUUGCAAUGUUCAAGCCGUUCCUCGGAGGUGGCGGUGGUGGCGGUAAUCCGUUUGCAAAUCCACAGGCGAUCGGCGGUCUCUUCCAACAAUUCGCCGGUGGAAAUGGUGGAGGAUUCGGGCAGCUUCUUGCUGGAGCAAUGGCACCGAAACCAGCACCAGCCGCAGCUGGACCCCGCUCAGCUCCAGCUCCAACCAACGAGGACUACAACACCGACAUCGACGUUCCAGCUCCAAAGGCAAAAGCCCGUGCAGCUCCAACUCCACGAAGAGCACAAGCCGAUGCCCCGCCAGUAUACCGCCAGCCUCGCACAAAAGCCGAAAAAAUCGAAAGAUUCCGGAAUAUCGCUCGGACAUUCUCGCCGUUCGUGUACGAGGUGAACACCACACCAGCUCCUCACUUUGACAACUUCAUCUGGCAACAAAAUGCACCAGCUGUCACACCGGAGCCAUUCACAUUUGCUCCAUUCUCCUUCCCAACUCUUGCCACCGUCGCACCACCAGCUCCAGGACCCGGCGGCCCGACUCUUGAGCCAUUUUUACCGACGACAGCUAGUCCGAAGCUGUUAGCUCAUAACACUGCUAGGAUGAUCCGAGAAAUCGCUUCAUUUUCCGACGGAGGACGCUCCAGGGAUCAGGAUUUUGGCGCAGUUCAAACGCUCAUGCAAGCCUUCUUCGAGGCAGUCUCCAGUGGAAAUAAUGGUGGAGCAGGAGCUGCCGCCGGAGCCGGAACAGCUUUAGGAGAUGCUCCAAUGCUUCAAGCCCAUCGAGAUGGUACCGAGUUGGGAGCCAAUCGCGCGCUGACCAACAAGCUUUUCGAGUCGGAUAUGGUGUUGACGGUCAAGCAGAUGAAGGCAAUUGUGCUCGCCGCCCAAGAGGCCCGUAACCCUCACGGACGUAAAAAGCGAAAGGUGAUUACGGGAUCCGUGUACCGAUGGAAGAGUGUGAUUCCGUUCCGAUUCAAAGGUGGCGACGCGAAAUGGAAGAAGCUGAUCCGUGAAGGCCUAGGCCUAUGGGAGAAGGAGACGUGUGUGCGAUGGAGCGAGAAUGGCCCCGGCAAGGAUUAUGUGAUCUUCUUCAGAGGAUCUGGAUGCUACUCAUCAGUCGGAAGAACCGGAGGAUCUCAACUUAUUUCGAUUGGGUAUGGCUGUGAAGAUAAAGGAAUCGUUGCUCACGAAGUCGGUCACUCCCUAGGCUUUUGGCACGAGCAGUCCCGUCCGGAUCGGGAUGACUACAUCCAUUUAAGAAAAGACUGGAUUAUUAAGGGAACCGAUGGAAACUUCGAGAAACGAAGUUGGGAAGAAAUCGAGGAUAUGGGCGUUCCGUAUGAUGUCGGAAGUGUCAUGCAUUAUGGGUCGAAUGCUUUUACAAAGGACUGGGACCAAAUUACUAUUGAGACCAAAGAUAGUAGAUAUCAGGGAACGAUUGGUCAACGCCAGAAGCUUUCGUUUAUCGAUGUUAAGCAGGUUAACAGGCUUUAUUGCAAUUCUGUUUGCCCGGUUGCCUUACCCUGCAUGCAUGGAGGAUACCCCGACCCCAAUAACUGUGCGGUUUGUAAAUGUCCAGACGGGCUCGGAGGAAAGUUGUGUGGACGUGCCGCAAAGGGCACAGAUCAUGACAAAUGCGGCGGUGAGCUAACAGCGACCGCCGAAUGGCAGGAGAUGGUCUACAAGGGGAAGCGGACGUGCAAUUGGAAGGUGAAGUCGCCGAGCGGUGGGCGGGUUCGGUUGGUGCUCACCGAGCUCAGGUACCAGUGUGCACCGGCGUGUAAGGCCUACAUCGAGAUCAAGCAUAAUACCGACUUCCAGCAGACCGGAUUCAGAGUUUGCUGCUUCAACAAAACAUAUGACGUCAUCUCCGACCAAUCUGAAGCCCUGAUCCUCUCCAACGCGAACAUCGUGGACUACGAGGUCUCCUACAAGCUGCAAUGGAUUCAAGACAACGGAAAAGCUCUUCCACCACCGAAACCCACGUCGACCUGGGUGCCCGGAAAAGAGAAUCGACCAUUCCGCGGAGUGGAGAACUCGGGCGGCACCAUCGAAAAGUUCAUCCUGCAAGCGAUCCCAAAGAUCCGAGACUCGCAUCGGCCACUGGAGAGUAUUACUAGUAUUGUUGCGGAAUAUGGUCUCGCAACGCUACUUGGUAUAUCGCAUAAUGGAAAGUAGUCCGUUUGGAACGAUUUUUGCAAUCGUCAGAGGAAUAUAUAUAUAUAUUUGUAAAUUUUGUACCAUCCCAAAAAUCCAAUUUUUCUUUCACAAUUUUCAAAAUUUGCUCAUCUUUCACAAUUACUCGGGUUAACACAUUUAAUGCCUUUCAAUAAAUAACAGUUCAU